AUGCGCUCUUCGUUCCUCGAUUCAAAAUAUUCAGUUUCCUGCUUUACGUUAUGUAGCUAGGCACGUCAACGUUUGCGGGCGUCUGUCUGUUAGUCUGUCUCGUUGCAUUUUCGCACUUGCCCCCAAAUUCUGCCUUGCAAUGGAAGAAGACGCUUUUCAAGAAUCGGAAGUCGAAAUUUUCUGUGUCCCCGUCAAGCGCGAUCGUUUCUGGCGCACGAUGGAGUUCGAAACGAGGCAGCAAGAUCCGAGUGUAACAGGAUUACUGUGCCGAGCAGUGCAACCUUCCCGAGGAGCGCUGGAAUCUUACAGUUCUGGCAAAUAUUUACUCGAAUGGCAGGAGAUCCACUGUGGUCUCGAUUGUUGGUCAUGAAAUUCUUUCAAGCGAAUUACUCUUCUACGAGUCCCCAGGUGAGAAAGAACGCCGAGAACAACUUUAUGAAGAGAGCUUUUCGAGAAGUUCUGUGCAGGCCGUGAUCACGGUGCAAGAGUCCCACCGCCUCUUAUUUUGGUAACUGCGUGCUACUUAUUCCUCUUGUUCCGCUUCGUGUUCCACACACCACGCUGAUCAGGAAAAACAUAUGAACAAAAUGAUUUCGUCAAGUACGGUGACAAAAAGGGAAAAUUGCAAAUUUGGCGCUUCUCACCGAGUCAAAUCUUAGAAUGAUGUGCAAGAUUUGCUGCAGGACGUCUCAAAACUGACUUUUCUAGUAAAGUCGAGGGAACAAAACUUCACGCUGUAGAUACAUAGCAUCUGACUUCUCAAUUGUAACCAUUUCUUUAGCUCCAUGUAUGAAUCGAAAAAGUCGACGCAUUAAAUGAAAAAACCAAUGGCAGAAACUCCCCAGAGAAAACAAUGUUGAGGCCAAAAGCGAAAAGCGAAGGAACAGUGAAAUACGAGGGAACUGAUCACUCUCACGGAACAUUUGUAUUCUUUCCAAAUCAUGCAUUUGUGACAUCUCGUGCAAGUAAAAGAUCUACUUGGGAGUAUUGAGCGUACAAAUACAUCUAUGAUUGUACUAAAAUACAUGUUUGAAUGUAAUUAGG